CCCUUCAUUUUGGCUGUCUUCAUUAUUUUGAUGUGUUCUUUGUUAUUCAAAUGCAGGGACAACAAAUCUGAAGUUGAAACAAACCAACUUCGACUGAACCAUUUGAACGAACUGUACAUUUUUCGAAACAUCGUCUAUCAAGGACAACAGUUUAAGAUUGAAAAUUGCUUGCGUUCGCUUAUCCUCGUUACAGGUUUCUUCGACAGCAUUUUUGUCGACGAUUGUAAAGAUUGCAAAAUCAUUUUGGGACCCGUUAAAGGCAGUAUCUUCUUGCGAAACUGCAGUCAUUGCGUUAUAGUGGCGGCUUGCGGACAGCUCAGAACUAGAGACUGUACUGACGUUACCUGCUAUCUGCUCUGCGCAACUCAACCGAGCAUCGAAAUGUCUUCCUUGAUGAAGUUUCAGUGUAUUUCACUCGAUUAUCUGGGAUUACAUGGUCACCUUACCAACGCUGGACUAAACUCGAUUAUUGUUAAUCGAUGGUCAGAUGUAUUUGAUUUUACGCCUACUUCGUUGGAAACUAACUGGAAAUGUUUGGGGAUUGAAGAU